AUGGCGAGAUUUGUGGACUUUAUUUUAUUUCUAAUUCUUUUAGUUGCUUCGAUUAAUCUUUUGGUUUCUGAAGCACGUCCUCUCAAUAUUUUGAAGAUUCAAGGUCUUGGUUUUGACUCCAAUGAAAAGGGAACGUUUGAUUGGUUAAGUAUGGGUGGUAUUAAGGAUGGCCCUAGUCCUGGAGUUGGCCAUAAGUUUACAAACAGUCAAACUCUUGGAGGAAUUAAGGCAGGCCCUAGCCCUGGAGUAGGACACAAAAUUGUCACAGGCAAUCACCAAUAGUGACAUUAAUUUUUGGGCUACCACAAUUUUUUAUUACUAAUAUUUAUUUGUUCCAUUCUUUGCAUGCUCUCUGUUAGCUAGGGGGUUUGGAAUAUAAGUUAAAUUUUUCAAUAAAUUUAUA